CUCCCUCCCUCCCUCCUCCCACUCCGCCGGGUGACGUCACGCGUGGCCCUCGGCCAUGCGUACUGAGCUUGUUGUUGACUCGGUUGUUAUGAGUGGAGAAGAAGGCCUCGGAUUCAAUUAAGAACUUCUCCCGCCGCUGCCCCGGGGACCCCCUGCCGAUGGAGGGCAUGGACAUAGACCUGGACCAGGAGCUCAUGCAGAAGUUCAGCUGCAUGGGCACCACGGACAAAGAUGUCCUCAUCUCCGAGUUCCAAAGACUGCUGGGCUUCCAGCUCAACCCCGCUGGCUGCGCCUUCUUCCUAGACAUGACCAACUGGAAUCUACAAGCAGCAAUUGGAGCUUAUUAUGACUUUGAGAGUCCGAACAUCAACACGCCAUCGAUGUCUUUUGUAGAAGAUGUGACUAUAGGGGAGGGAGAGUCUGUGCCUCCCGAAACACAGUUCACAAAGACAUGGCGGAUACAAAACACAGGUGCAGAGUCGUGGCCCCCAGGCGUGUGUCUGAAGUACAUAGGAGGGGAUCAGUUUGGUCAUGUGAAUAUGGUGAUGGUGCGAUCUUUGGAGCCACAGGAGAUCUCAGAUGUCAGUGUACAGAUGCGCAGUCCAGCUAAUCCAGGCAUGUACCAGGGCCAGUGGAGAAUGUGCACAGCCACCGGGCUCUUCUACGGAGACGUGAUCUGGGUGAUCCUCAGUGUGGAGGUCGGGGGUCUUCUUGGAGUCACGCAGCAGCUGUCCUCCUUCGAGACGGAGUUCAACACUCAGCCACACCGUAAUGUAGAGGGAGACUUCAACCCCUUCGCUUCACCACAGAAGAACAAGCAAGACCCCAACGAGGAUAACCUAAAGGACCCUGGAGGCCCUUGGGUGGCCCCUCUGGACUCCAUUCAGCAAGAUCAAAAUGGACUCUCUCACAAUUCUGUAAAUAUUACACCAAAUGGUCUCCAAAACAACUUAUCGGUAGUGACUUACAGCCAGGGCUGCCACGGGCCCUACCCUUUUGGACAGUCUUAAGGGACAGAAAUCAUCACCAUCUGGAAUCCCCCCCUUUUCUGUGGGGAGUAACAGAUUUAUUAUAAAGACUUGGCAACCCUCCUCUCCCCAUGCAUCACAACACGACCUAAGAUAGACAAGGCUGCUUGGUUCUAAAUCAGCGUCUGGCCGUUGUCAACACCUGAGUUACGCAUGUGUGAAUGCUAAGUUAAGAUGAGUGCUAGAAAUCCUCAAAGUCAAAUACACAGGUUUAUUUUUUGUUUUUUUUGGGGGGGUCUGUAUUGUCUCAAACCGUAGGUUUAAAGUGAGAGAUUUGACUUGUGUGUGUGCGCGAGUGUGUGUGUGUGAGUGCGUAUGUACAUUACGUAUGUAUGUGUAUAUGUACAUAUGCGUGUGUGUUUGUGUGUGUGAGUAAGAUGCACAAAAGAGAAGUGAAAAAAAGCCAUUGAAAAGAGUUUUUGCUUGUUAAGUAGUUUUAUAUUUUACAUUGAUGUUCUUGAUGACUUUUACUUUGCAAAACUGAAUGAUUUUACUGAAAAUCCAGCGAUUGUCUACAUUAAAAAAAACAUAAAAAAAAGCAGGAGUCAUCCUGUACUGCUCAAUAGAACUGUGGAAUUGGUUAAAUUAUAUUAAAAUUUCCUUCUUACACUUCUUUAAAUGAUUCUCAAGGCUUUUGCCUUGGUUUAUUUAGUCCUAAUUUAUUAUCGCUGAUCUUAAUCUUAACUCCACAGACCUUUACAAACCGAUCUCACGUCAGGAUCAGUCCACAAACCCAACAGUAGUGCUUGUUGGAGGCCAGAAGAUGGAACCGUUGAACCUAUGAACAGAACACACCCUUUUACAGCUCUGUUAUACUGGAAAACCUACAUGCUUAGCAGCCCCUUCGGUCAUUGAGGACUUGUAUCACAAUUGCACUGAGCUACACUGAGCUCCCACUUGAAAGCCCUGAUGAUCUCGUUGUUGCAGUUGCUUGUGCGGACAGUUAGUUUUUUUUCUCCCCCGUCUGAAGCUUUAAAGGCUGACAGCUUUUGAGUGCAAGUGUGUGUGUGUGUGUGUGUGUGUGUGUGUGUGUGUGAGAGAGAGUGUAUGUAAGCGAGUGUGUGUGUGUGUUGUGGCUUAAAUCCUAGGAGCUCACGCCUGGGGCACAGACGUUUGACUCAAGCGUUCAUUUCAUUACGGCUUGCUGGUUUCUCUAAUGCGAGAGUCCCCAAAGCACAUGAUUGUUUGACACUAUUAGUCAGCUUCGCCACGUUUGUUUAUUCGUUUAUUUGUCUAUUCAUUUCUUUGUUUGUUAUUCAAUUCACCACUAUUAAUCAAAAAUGUUCUGCACUGUUUCGAAUCUCAAGAGUUGAGGUUUUAUGGAGGAUGUCUUUUGAACUGUCUUUAUUCUCUUGGUUUUUGAAUGUGCUCUUUCCUAAAAUCCCCAAAUUACCAAUUACACUUGCUGGAAAAACUCAAAAAUAAAACCUAUAUGAAUGCAUAUUUUGAAGAAUUGAAAGAAAUGUUUAAACUAAAUUUAAGCUGUUUACAAGUCUUCACUGCCGCAUUGAAAACCUUGUAUCUCUGGGUUUUUUUGAUAGCUUUCUUCCUUUGAUUAUCUUUUGAUACGUUUGAAUCUGGAUUCUGGAAUCAGAGUUUCUUGAUUAAUUCACAACAAAAAAUCUUCUUUAAAUCUUUUAAAUAGUAAGAAAGUUUCCAUUUUUGAAGAUAGAAGGUUUUGUGUGGCAGUGAUGACAUUUAAGGUCAUUAUAUAUGGUAAAAGACGUGAUAUAUAUAUAUAUAUAUAUAUAUAUAUAUAUAUAUAUAUAUAUAUAUAUAUAUACACACACACACACAGUAGGAGAGGGUUUAUAUUACAUAUCUAUUUAUAUUUCUAGUUUAUAAUAAUGAACUUUAAAGUAAAAAAAAGAUUGCCUUGGAAUUUUAAUUGGCUAAAUUUAGUAAUAAAGAAACAAACAGCUCUGGAAAAAAAGAAAUUAAGAGACCACCUCAGUUUCUGAAUCAGUUUCUCUGAUUUUGCUAUUUAUAGGUUUAUGUUUGAGUCAAAUGAACAUUGUUGUUUUAUUCUAUAAACUACAGACAACAUUUCUCCUAAAUUACAAAUAAAAAUAUUGUCAUUUAGAGCAUUUAUUAAAAGAUGCAGAGCUUUCAGACCUUAAAUAAUGCAAAGAAAACAAGUUCAUAUUCAUUCAAGUUUAAGUUUUUAGAGUUCAGAAAUCAAUAUUUGGUGGAAUAACCCUGUUUUUAAUCAGUUUUCAUGCACCUUGAUGUGUUCUCCUCCACCAGUCUUACACACUGCUUUUGGAUAAAUUUAUGCUGCUUUACUCCUGAUACACAAAUUCAAGCAGUUCAGUUUGGUUUGAUGGUUUGUGAUCAUCACUCUUCUUUAUCUUGAUUAUAUUUUUAUAAUUUGGUAAAAUUAAAGGAACUCAUCAUUUUUAAGUGGUCUCUUAUUUUUUUUCCAGAGCUGUAGACCUGUUCAGUAUCUCAGAUCAGUGAUCACUUACAGCAUAUAAUAAACGUCCCACAGAGUUGAUGAUGAUGAUGAUGAUGGAUGAUGCGAAAGUGAUCAUUGUAAAGUGAUCUUCUCGUGAAUGGUAUUACAGUAACACACAGUCAGAACGCCCCCCUUCUAUGCUAUGCAUCUGGUUACUGAUUAAAUGUUUGCCGUUAUUCACACAGAUGUUUUUGUCCGAUGUUUGGGAAUCUCCAGGUAUUUGGUUCACAUCACAGAUUAUCUAUGCAGUGUUUGAAGGGGGCUGUCUCCGGUUUUGUCUUUCAGAGAAACAGCUACACGUUACGUAACGCGUCGACGCCAUACAGCUAGCAUAAACUGUCUUAGUUUGCCAUAGAGAUUGAGAAUUUAGAGACGUGCGAGAGAGUUAUUAUAAUACUUCAGUGAUUUCUCAUUACGGAUAUCGUGUGCUGCCUACAGCUCAAGGACAAUGUCAUUGCCUCAUGAGUCGAGUCUUCCUUUGAGUUGUUUCUGUGAAUGUCCUCAUCCACAAAAGAAUCGAUAUUCCUGUUUCAGAUCUACUACUAUUGCUGUCCGAGUCGUGUGAGCGCGAGAGGCUGAAUUUGAGUGAGAAUUUGCUACGUUGUGAUCUUUUUUUUUUUUCUUUUUUUUUUCUUUCUUAUAUAUAUAUUUUUGGACAUUUCUUUUGUUUGCCGUUGAGUUUUCUGCACGGUGGCAUGGUGAAUGGAUGAGCAGAGUGUUUGCAUAGAGUCCUAUGGUAGCACAUUUAACAGAAAAUACAAAAAUGAAGCCCUUUUCCUGUAUGUGUAAAUGAACAUUUGUAUGAAUAAAUCAACACUUAAAAAGAA